AUGGAAAUUCACAUUGACAAACAAGGCAUCUUUGUAGGUCUUCCAAAGUAUACAGAGAAGAUCAUUCGACGCUUUAAAUUCGGUACGUGCAAUGCAAAGUCAACUCCCAUUGAGAAAGGCAUGGUAACAGGAGAAGAGGACAAGAUGAACGAUCAACCCAUAUCGCCAUCUAUCCCAUACAGAGAAGCGAUUGGAAGCCUGUUGUGCCUGGCCAUAAUUUCUCGACCGGAUAUCAGUUUUGCUGUUAACUUUCUAAGUCGCUUUAACGGAAAGGCAAUGAUGAGUCACUGGCGAAUGGUAAAAAGGAUUUUUCAAUAUCUCAAAGCAACACCAAAUCAUGGUAUCUUCUUUGACGGAAGCGACACACUCGUUGCUUACUCGGAUUCCGACUAUGGUGGAGAUCCUGACACUAAACAUUGUUUUGGCUGCCAGCAACCGUCUAAAACUCCUGCCGAGGUCAGGAAUGCCGAUGUGCCUCACGAAACCCAUUCACAAACAAUAAGUUCCGGUCGCACGUCGUCGUGUCUCACACAUUAUCCGAUUACCGGUGGUACACAACCAUAUCGGGCGAUGCGAUCGCUCGAAGGCUCUUUGUUCCUGGACGGGCAAUUAAAAAAAGGAAGAAGAGGUGCUCGGUCUUUAGCGAAAUUGAUAUUACGGGUUAAAGAGGUGGCUAAAGUGAGGAAAAUUGAAGGUGUAAAGCUGAGACGCUUUCUUUAUAUCUGGUCUGCAAAGUGCCCGAUGGGUGGGGACUUGGGCAGGGCUGAGAUGUUCAGUCUUAGAAAAAUGGACGAACAACAACAACGUAUGUUUGACGAAGUUGCAAAAAAAUUCAACAGUAGUGGAAAAGCGUUGAAAGAAGAUGUCAAUCGUUUGCAACAAUGGCUAGAAACGCAAACACACCUUCCAAAAAUUUUGGACGAACACGCUCUCUGCAAUUUUAUGAUUCUCAACAAGUGCAGUAUCGAAAUUGCGAAAAAAAAAAUCGACAAUUAUUAUUCAGUUAGAGCGAAAGUUCCAGAAGUGGUUUAUAAAAUGAAUCCCAAGCUUCAUCAUCAUAAGGAAUUUAACAGUAUGAGAUACUUAGUGGAUCACCCUCAAUUAACAGACGACAUGUACAAACUCACAUUUUUCAAAGUAAAAGGGGAAACUGUUUCACCUGACUAUGACCCAGUUAAUUUCACGAGAAAACUAGUUAGUAUGGCGGAGUUAAAACUGCGAUAUGACGUCAUGUAUGGGGACAUUUUGGUCUUAGACUGCAAAGGAUUCAGUUUAAACGUCGCCAUGAGAAUUACACCCUUGAUGUUUUACAAACUUUUCGUUGUUCUUUACGAUGGAGUUAUGUCGUCACGGGUCAAGGCUGUGCACGUCUUAAAUAUGGCGCCACCUUUAACUAAAAUUUUGCAAAUUAUAAAAACCAUCCUGAAACCGAAAAUAUUUGAAAGGAUUUGUAUUCAUUCGAAUGAAGAUGCUUUGAAGAAAGUUAUUCCUUUGAAUUUGCUGCCGACUGAUUACGGUGGAAAAGGACUCUCUUUGCAAGAGCUAGAAGAUGCAUUAGAGGCCAAGUACGCCCAAAAUCAAGAACUGUUUGAUCGCUUAGACGAAAUUAAAGUGAAUGAGGAACUGAGACCUGAGAAGCUGGAAGAUGAUGAUACUCUGGGGUUCUACGGUAGCUUCAAAAAAAUUGAUGUCGACUGAAGCUUCGACUAGGAAUAACAAAGAAGUUGAGCUAAGUUACAACGGAAUACAACUUACUAGUAUGUUUGUAUUAAUAAGUGAAUGUCAUAA